UGUUGGUGGUGCUGCGUUGUGAGGGCUCUACGUACGCCAGCGGGGGCCGCUUUACGGACGAACGCGAGCGUCUCUCUGUCUCCAUCGUCUAUUACCUCCUCUGCAGCUUGCCCUUCAAUGAAUCCCUCCUGCCUCGCUUUUCGGCCCUCACAGGAAAAAUUGCUUUCGUUGCAGGAGUAGGAGACAGUCAUGGUUACGGGUGGGCAAUUGCACGUGAGCUAGCAGCAGCAGGGGCCCGCGUGGCCGUGGGAACAUGGCCCCCAGUACUGUCACUCUUCAAGAAAUCGUUGGAAACUGGCAAGUUUGAUGCAGAUCGACUAUUGCCCGACGAGUCACUUCUUCAAUUCGAGAAAAUAUAUCCUCUUGACGCUGCUUUCGAUACACCCCAAGAUAUUCCUCAAGACGUGAGGGAAAAUAAACGCUACGCGGGCGUUGACGGCUUUACUAUAUCGGAAGUAGCCGAGAAGGUCAAGAACGAUCUCGGUGGACUGGACAUACUUGUACAUUCGCUUGCUAAUGGCCCCGAGGUGGCAAACCCGCUGAUGCAGACCUCGCGGAAAGGCUAUCUUGCAGCCAUCAGCAACAGUUCGUACUCCAUGGUGUCCCUACUACAACAUUUCGCCCCCAUAAUGAAGCGAGGAGGAAGUGCACUCACUCUGUCUUACAUUGCGAGCGAAAAAGUUGUUCCUGGCUACGGCGGUGGCAUGAGCAGCGCCAAGGCGGCCUUAGAGUCGGAUACACGCACACUCGCGUGGGAGGCGGGGCAGCGCUACGGUCUUCGAGUGAAUGCUAUCAGCGCCGGUCCUCUACGCAGCAGAGCUGCGCAGGCAAUAGGCAAGGAUGGAGAGAGAUUCAUUGAUUAUGCGGUGGAAUAUUCUUUCAAUAACGCACCUCUCAGGAGGCACCUACGAAGCGACGACGUGGCCACAGCAGCAGUUUUCCUCUUAUCUCCAAUGGCCCGCGCGGUUACGGGAGUUACAUUGUACGUGGAUAACGGGCUGCACGCCAUGGGUCAUGCAGUAGACUCGCGGUCACUGCCGCAACGCAAGGAGCAGUCGAACGUCUGA